AUGGCGACUACUUUGGCUGAUCCUAAACGUCCUCAAUUACAGCCUGUAUGCCAGAAUUGCGGCACCUCCACCACACCUCUCUGGCGCAGAGACGAACUCGGCUCGGUCCUCUGCAACGCCUGUGGCUUGUUCCUCAAACUACAUGGGAGGCCCCGUCCGAUAAGCUUAAAAACCGAUGUUAUCAAGAGUCGCAACCGGGUCAAGACUGCUGGUCAGGGCCCCAAGCGUAAGUCCGGUGGCACUAUCGAUACAAAUGGCAUGUCUACCUCGAGAUCCGAAGCCGGUACUCCUCCUCUAGGAUCGCAUGGAUAUCGUCGCGCGUCGCGUAAGACGUCACCGGGCCAUUCCGACCGGUCCAACUCGCCCGUAUCGCGAACAGAAACGCCUGGCAUCCCUCCAAUGCAACAACCACACCCCCAGCAGCAACACAAUGCCAAUAUCGCUCCCCAGCACAUGUUUGACAGUGUAACAAUCGGGGACCACGGGCUAAAUCCAUCGAAUUCGCUGCCCUCGGUACAGCCGCGGCAGCCGUCGCCCACCGCGACGUCCGCGGCUGUCGACCGCCAUCUCGAGUCACCACAGACCUACGAUGGAUUGCUCGCGGCCAACACCUCGUUGAAAACUCGCGUGAGUGAAUUGGAGUUCAUCAAUGAACUCUUCCGAGGCCGCGUGACAGAACUCGAGCAGAGCGGCGCGACUGCGCGCCGGUCGGAGAUGAUCGUCCGGGAUUCGGAAGUACGGCUCCGGCGGUCUCUGGAGGAGGCCCAACGACGCGAAGAUGAUCUGAAGCGACGGAUAUCUGAGCUGGAGCGGCAGCUGGCCGACCAGGCCACAUCGACCAACGCAGCGAGCCAUGACAGCCCGGGUGAGCCUCUGGCCAAGCGGAUGCGGCUGUCCGACGUAGUGGAGCAACCGGCGGUGUCCCCGACGAAAUCGCCCAAGAGCGUCUAA